CACUGUCGCCGAUGACGUCACACGGCUUCCGACUCUCCUGCAGUGGCCCCGCCUCUUCCGGUUGUGGUGAAACAUGGCGCAGGGACAGCGCAAGUUCCAGGCGCAGAAACCUAAAAGCAAGGCGGCGGCUGCGGCGGAGCGGAGCCGAGGGCCGAGGAAAGGCGGUCGAGUCAUAGCUCCCAAGAAGGCGCGCGUCGUGCAGCAGCAAAAGCUGAAGAAGAGCCUGGAAGUGGGGAUCCGGAAGAAGAUUGAGCAUGAUGUGGUGAUGAAGGCCAGUUCCAGCCUGCCUAAGAAGCUGGCACUGCUGAAGGAGGCAUCAAAGAAGACAGGCCACCACCCCAGCAAGACACCAUCCUAAAGGCCCUGGGACUUGGCAGGUGACCCCACAGGCUGGCCAGACUUAAAGAGAACCCUGCUCCAGUCUGUCCUGAUGACACCUGGGACAGCAAUGGGCAGGUGAUGAUAAAGCCUGAAACCAGCUCCCUGGGGUACUGAAGAGGCACUUGGCUUCCUGUGGGCUCAGGGCCUGUCUGUACUGGGGUGACACAUUGUGAUGAACCUGGCUCUGUUGUCCCUCCAGCCCUCAAGCAGUUCGAUGGGGAGCUGUUUGGGGCUAGGUGAGCCUCACUGGUCUCCACAAGAAACUUCUCCCACCCACACACACCCUUGACAGCCACAGACCCAAGAAAUGGCAGUGACAUCUGUACCUGAGGCUGGCAGCUGGGGAUAAGUCUCUGCCCUGGACCCAGGUGACCCCUCCAGUCAUCUCGUGUUAGUUGUCCUAUACAUAAAGAAGGGUUCCAUAUCUUUAGUGAGGUACCACCUCAUCCUGUCAGACUAGUAAUCCAGAGCCACCUGGGGAUGCUCCAGUGUUAAAUAAUAAAGCUGUGCUCACAGAGGCUACA